AUGCCGAAGCGGAGCAUAGCAGCGUCGCUCGGCUCCGCCCUGUUCCGCCUCGGCAGCGGCGCUCUUGUGGUGUUCACGUUUGUGUACACCUUCUGGUCAGCCUUCACCACACCCCCCACCCCCACUCUCGCCGCCUCCCUCCGCAACUUCUACGACGACCCGAACCUCAGCUACGCGCUCGGGUCGUCGCCUCCGAUGAAGGGGUGGAACGAAAAGAGGCAAGAGUGGCUUAAGCAGCACCCCUCCUUCGCACCCGGAGCUCCGACCCGGAUCGUGAUGGUGACCGGGUCGCAGCCGGGGCCGUGCAAGAACCCAAUCGGAGACCACCUCCCCCUGAAGCUGUUCAAGAACAAGGUGGACUACUGCCGGCGCCACGGCAUCGACAUCUUCUACAACAACGCCCUCCUCCACCCUCAAAUGUUCUCCUUCUGGGCCAAGACGGCCGCCGUCCGCGCCGCCAUGCUGGCCCACCCGGAGGCCGAGUGGAUCUGGUGGGUCGACUCCGACGCCGCCUUUACCGACAUGGACUUCCUCCCUCCCCUCCCCCGCUACCACCGCCACAACAUGGUCGUCCACGGCUGGGCCCACCUCCUCAAAGAGAAACACACGUGGACAGGGAUCAACGCAGGAGUAUUCCUCCUGCGCAACUCCCAGUGGGCCCUGGACUUCCUCAAAGUGUGGGCCAGCAUGGGCCCACAGUCUCCGGACUACGCGAAAUGGGGCCAAACCCUAAGCUCGGUCUUCAAGGACAAGAUCUUCCCGGAGUCUGAUGAUCAAUCCGGCCUCAUCUACUUGUACCUAAAGGAGAAGUGGGGUGAAAAAAUCUACGUGGAGGAUGAGUACUAUUUCGAAGGGUAUUGGCUUGAUAUUGUCCCGACUAUCGAGAAUGUAACGGCGAGGUACACAGAGAUCGAGAGGAAUGUGGCGGCGCUGAGGAGGAGGCAUGCGGAGAAGGUGAGCGAGGGGUACGGUAGGGUGUGGGAGGAGCAGCUUAAGGGGAGGGGGGGCUUGCGGAGGCCGUUCGUCACGCACUUCACCGGAUGCCAGCCCUGCAGUGGGGACCAUAACCGGAUGUAUUCGGGCGAGAGCUGCUCUGAUGCCAUGACGAAGGCGCUGACAUUUGCGGAUAAUCAAGUGCUUAGGAAUUAUGGGUUCAUGCACACGGAUCUAAAGGAUCCCUCCACUGCUAAUCCACUUCCAUUUGAUUUUCCUGCCUGA